AUGGACCGCCUUUUGGUAAAGUUUGGUGGAAUCAUGAGCUCGAUAAUCGAUGAUAUUCUCAUUCCGCUUGUAAUUUAUUUUGUCAAACUGGGACCUGUUCCUAAACACAUCUCGUUUAUCAUGGAUGGCAAUAGAAGAUGGUCCAGACAAAAAAGAGGUUUUUUGGCUGGCGAUGCCGACGGUGUAGGCAUUGGCCACCUUAAUGGAUAUAAAGCGUUGGAGAAAAUCCUCAAAUGGUGCUUACUGCUUGAUGUCGAAUGCGUGACCCUUUAUGCAUUUAGCAUUGAGAACUUUAAGCGAUCCACGCAAGAAGUGUCGUUUUUGAUGUCUCUUGCGAUGGAAAAAUGUAAACUAUUGUCCAUGCACAGCUCGCUGGUUAAGGAAAAGUCUGUCUCCAUCCGUGUAAUUGGAGACAUGUCCCUUGCCCAGGAAGACAUGCGAAAUCAGAUAAACGAGACCAUUUCGAUGACAAAAGGCGGAAAGCGGAUAUUGAACAUCGCAUUUCUAUAUACAAGUACAAAUGAGAUUGAACGUGCUGUGUGUCAAAAGACCUCAGCAAAAGGAUGUGAUGGGAAAAUAGAUGGCUUUUUGGAUACGGCUAAAGGCCCUCCCUUGGACUUAUUGAUCCGGACAUCAGGGGAGCACAGGCUUUCUGAUUUUAUGAUGUGGCAAAUCACCUCUCAAAACACGCUUUUAUUAUUUGACGACACCCUGUGGCCAGAUUUUUCGUUUUUGAAUUUAAUUUGGCAGUACCGUUUCAGUAAAAUAGCGUGGCAAACCAAUAAUAAUCUAACAGCGUACAACAUUUUUAAAAAACGGAUAUUUAUUAAAUAA